UUUCACUGAGCCAGAUCCUUUCGUUGCUACUUGACACAGAUGCGUUUGAAUCGCCCGUUUUUUUGUUUGUUUGUUUUUUAAAAUGCGGUUUGUUUAUUUGAAACACAGGUUUACGCUGCGUGGCGUAAAAUACAGAAUCCCGGAGGCUUCUACGGAUCAUUUUCAGCGUCUUAACCUUUUCAAACGCUCUUCCUUAGCAAAGUUGUUUGAGAUGACAUUUGGCUGACUUGUCGCAGCUGCACCUCGGCAGCUCCCUCCUCUGAUAAAGUGUGACGGACAAGUUGAGGCAGGACUGAAGGUGUGGCAGUCGUGAGGAGGAGCACGCACUGUGUCGUGUAAGAAAACUUUAUGGAACUUGUUGUGCUCUCUGACUUUUCUGUCGGUGAGCACUUGACUGUGUUGCAGAAGGAUCUGAGUCAAGAACAGAUCUGGGAGGGCUGUCGCAGCAGGAACGUCGGAAGUUGAUUUCGCGUUCUCCCGGACACCUGAAAUCUGCAAAGCUUAAAGCCGGACUCGUCAGUUCGUGGACAUUUCCCCUUGAGAUCCGGAGGAUUUUUGCUUUAGGCCAUGGAGAGAGCUUAAGAUUCUCGAGGAAGAGCUUUUACUGCUUUACUUUCUUUUUUGCAGUACCCCCUUUUCCAUUCUUCAUCACUUCUAAUACAGCUGCGAUGCGUAGAUUCAGCUCUGAGGGUUCCCUCCUUGAUCUUGACUUCCCGACAUGGAAAAAAGUGGCACUGAAGAAUUCUGGACAAGACCACGAGUCUGGCACCUGCACACUUCACUUGCAGGAUGAUGAGCUGGCUGGGAAAUCAGGUCACCUGACUCCCAUCAUCCAGGAGCCCACGGAGAGUCCGGGUGAGAUGACGAAGAAUGAGCUGACUCGGGAGCACAGCGUGAGUGCAGAGAACCUGUGCGAGCUGAGUAAACUGGAAAAGAGCCAGCUCAGAGGCUGUCUCAUCAGUCAAGGCAGCAGAGCUUAUAGUGACAGUCAGCUGGCCCCAGCUGUGCAGGGCAGCACUGAGAGCAUGGAGAAAGCCGAUCUGCCUCCAUCGUCGCCUUCGUCCUCUUCCAGCUCCUUUAAGAUGGAGCACAGACACCAACAGAGAGACAGACUGACAGCUGCUAAGCUGCACCUCAAGAGUCUUUUCGCACAGAGUCCUCAUUCGUCAAACUCCAACCUGGCCAACACAGAACAUAAAGACAGUGGUAAAGAGAGAAGGUCUCGCCUUGUAUUCAUGCAUCAGUGGAGUCAAGUGGGUCACAGUAGGAAGAGGAAUUAUAAUCGAGAUGAGCUGGAAAAAUGGGCCGAGUCCUUAAAUGUCCUGCUGGGAAGUCCAACUGGUGUUUCAGUAUUUGGAGCAUUCCUGCGCUCUGAGUUCAGCGAGGAGAACCUGCAGUUCUAUCAAGCCUGUGAGCGGUACAAACAUUCGUCCACCAACUUCAGCCUGCAAAGGAGAGCCAAAGACAUCUGCGCAACCUAUAUCCAGCCAGGAGCCCCCCGGGAGGUAAAUCUGGACAGUACGACCAGAGACCUGACGAUCCAGCUGCUGCAGGCUCCCUCUCGUAGCUCUCUGUCCCACGCGCAGAAACGCAUCUACUCACUUCUGGACACAGACUGUUACCCACGCUUCCUCCAGUCUGACGUCUACCUCGCCUUACUCCACGAGGCUGAAUAGAUUCCCCACACUUGGACUCAGGAGAAGGAAUGGUGGCUUGGUGGUUUCUGGAAUGGCUCAACUUCCUUCAAACUGUAAAUUAUAAAAGCUGCUGUGUACAAAGUUUAACCCCCCCCCCCCCGACACACACACUCCCUGACGUCGUAGCUCAAAUGUUAAUAAUAGUUGGACACUGUAAAUAGAAAUAUUGGUUACUGCAAUUAAAACUUGGGGAAUUGUGUUUUCACUGA